CCGGUUUCCCGGCAGGCUUUGCGCGGGGCCGCUACGGGUCCUCGGAGGCGACCGCGCGGGGCCUUCUGGGGGCAGCAGUCCGGGCGCACUGGGCGGCGAGGGCCGGACUCGGCUUCCCGACGGGCUGCGCGGCGGCCGGGUGGGUGUCGGCGGGGCAGUCCGGCGGGCAGCGGCGGUUCCGGUGCGGCACAGCGGGCGGACGAGCGAGCAGGACGAGCUGAGCGGGACCGAGCGGGAUGCGGAGCCGCCGCCGCCGCUUCCCCCGCCUCCUGAGAGUCUGAGACCCGCCGGGCCGCGCCCCCUGCCCAGGCCCGCAGUCCGAGCGUUCCGAGCGCGGACCGGGCCCAGCGCCGGCCACGGCCGCCUCCUCGUCCAGUCUCCGGCGUCCCGCCCCCUGCCUGCGCCCCCUCCCCAUGCGCGGCGCCCAUGCGGACUGAGCCCCGCCCCCCGGCCCCGAGCCCGCCGAGCGCCGCCGCCGGAGCCCGCGCCGCCCACCCGCACCAUGCUCAAGUGCAUCCCGCUGUGGCGCUGCAACCGGCACGUGGAGUCGGUGGACAAGCGGCACUGCUCGCUGCAGGCCGUACCCGAGGAGAUCUACCGCUACAGCCGCAGCCUGGAAGAGCUGCUGCUCGACGCCAAUCAGCUGCGCGAGCUGCCCAAGCCCUUUUUCCGGCUGCUGAACUUGCGCAAGUUGGGCCUGAGCGACAACGAGAUCCAGCGGUUACCUCCCGAGGUGGCCAACUUCAUGCAGCUGGUGGAGCUGGACGUGUCCCGGAAUGAUAUCCCUGAGAUCCCAGAGAGCAUCAAGUUCUGCAAAGCUCUGGAGAUCGCGGACUUCAGCGGGAACCCCCUUUCCAGGCUCCCCGAUGGCUUCACUCAGCUGCGCAGCCUGGCUCACCUGGCCCUGAAUGAUGUGUCUUUGCAGGCACUGCCCGGGGACGUGGGCAACCUCGCCAACCUGGUGACCCUGGAGCUCCGGGAGAACCUGCUCAAGUCCCUGCCAGCGUCCCUGUCUUUUCUGGUCAAGCUGGAACAGCUGGAUCUGGGAGGCAACGACCUGGAAGUGCUGCCGGACACCCUGGGGGCUCUGCCUAAUCUUCGGGAGCUGUGGCUUGACCGGAACCAGCUGUCAGCACUGCCCCCGGAGCUUGGGAACCUGCGGCGUCUGGUGUGCCUGGACGUGUCGGAAAACCGGCUGGAGGAGCUGCCUGCUGAGCUCGGCGGGCUGGUGCUGCUCACUGACCUGCUGCUGUCCCAGAACCUGCUGCGGCGGCUGCCCGACGGCAUCGGUCAGCUGAAGCAGCUGUCCAUCCUAAAGGUAGACCAGAACCGGCUGUGUGAGGUGACCGAGGCCAUCGGGGACUGUGAGAACCUCUCAGAGCUGAUCCUCACGGAGAACCUGCUGAUGGCCCUGCCGCGCUCCCUGGGAAAGCUGACGAAGCUGACCAACCUCAACGUGGACCGGAACCACCUGGAGACGCUGCCACCGGAGAUCGGGGGCUGUGCGGCACUCAGCGUCCUCUCCUUGAGGGACAACCGCCUGGCCGUCCUGCCGCCGGAGCUGGCCCACACGGCCGAGCUGCACGUGCUGGACGUGGCAGGGAACCGGCUGCAGAGUCUGCCGUUCGCGCUCACCCACCUCAACCUCAAGGCCCUGUGGCUGGCAGAGAACCAGGCGCAGCCCAUGCUGCGGUUCCAGACGGAGGAUGACGCCCGGACUGGCGAGAAGGUGCUCACCUGCUACUUGCUGCCCCAGCAGCCCCCAUCCAGCCUCGAGGAUGCUGGGCAGCAGGGGAGCCUCUCGGAGAGCUGGAGUGAUGCCCCCCCAAGCCGCGUCAGCGUCAUCCAGUUCCUGGAGGCCCCCACAGGUGAUGAGGAUGCUGAGGAAGCUGCAGCCGAGAAACGGGGCCUGCAGCGCCGGGCCACACCUCACCCCAGCGAGCUCAAGGUGAUGAAGAGGAGCAUUGAGGGGCGGCGGAGCGAGGCCUGUCCUUGCCAGCCAGACCCUGGGUCGCCCUUGCCUGCGGAGGAGGAGAAGCGGCUGAGUGCCGAGUCUGGCCUGAGUGAAGACUCUCGCCCAUCUGCCAGCACAGUCUCUGAGGCUGAGCCCGAGGGCCCAUCGGCUGAGGCACAGGGUGGAAGCCCGCAGGAAGCCACGACUGCUGGUGGGGAGGAAGACGCCGAAGAGGACUAUGAGGAGCCUGCAGUGCAUUUUGCGGAGGACGCACUGCUGCCCGGGGAUGACCGGGAGAGCGAGGAGGGGCAGCCUGAGGCCCCCUGGACCCUGCCGGGCGGGAGGCAGCGGCUCAUCCGCAAGGACACGCCUCACUACAAAAAGCACUUCAAGAUCUCCAAGCUGCCCCAGCCGGAGGCCGUUGUGGCCCUGCUGCAGGGCAUGCAGCCUGAUGGGGAGGGCCCUGUGGCUCCCGGGGGCUGGCACAAUGGCCCCCACACACCCUGGGCUCCUCGGGCCCAGAAGGAGGAUGAGGAGGAGGAGGAAGAGGGUAGUCCUCAGGAGGAGGAGGAAGAGGAGGAAAACGGGGUUGAAGAGGAGGAGGCCAGCACUGAGGAGGAGGACAAGGAGGGGCCCGUGGCUUCUGCGCCCUCUGUCAAGGGGGUGUCGUUUGACCAGGCCAAUAACCUGCUGAUAGAGCCUGCUCGCAUUGAGGAGGAAGAGCUGACCCUCACCAUCCUGCGGCAGACUGGGGGCCUGGGCAUCAGCAUUGCGGGCGGCAAGGGCUCCACACCCUAUAAGGGGGACGACGAGGGCAUAUUCAUCUCUCGGGUGUCCGAGGAAGGCCCUGCGGCCCGGGCUGGAGUCCGCGUGGGUGACAAGCUCUUGGAGGUGAAUGGCGUGGCUCUGCAGGGCGCCGAGCACCAUGAGGCCGUGGAGGCGCUCAGGGGGGCCGGCACUGCCGUGCAGAUGCGAGUGUGGCGGGAGCGCAUGGUGGAGCCUGAGAACGCGGUCACCAUCACGCCUCUGCGACCUGAGGACGACUACAGCCCCCGGGAGCGGCGGGGAGGGGGGCUGCGCCUGCCCUUGCUCCCAGCUGAGAGCCCUGGGCCCCUCCGUCAGCGCCACGUGGCCUGCCUGGCACGCAGCGAGAGGGGGCUGGGCUUCAGCAUUGCUGGCGGGAAAGGCUCCACGCCAUACCGGGCUGGUGAUGCGGGCAUCUUCAUCUCCCGCAUUGCCGAGGGCGGUGCUGCUCACCGUGCGGGCACACUGCAGGUUGGCGACCGCGUCCUCUCUAUUAAUGGAGUGGACGUGACUGAGGCCAGGCAUGACCACGCUGUCUCCCUGCUGACUGCUGCCUCCCCCACCAUCGCCCUGCUGUUGGAGCGGGAGGCUGGGGGCCCUCUUCCUCCCAGUCCUCCACCACAUUCCUCCUCACUCCCCACCGCUGCUAUUGCCAUCACCAGUACCACCACCACCAGCAUAACCACUGCCACCCCCGGGGAGCCUGGGUUGCCGAGCCUGGCCCCCAGCCUGCUGGCCGCCACCUUGGAAGGGCCAUACCCAGUGGAGGAGAUCCGUCUGCCAAGAGCUGGGGGCCCUCUGGGGCUUAGCAUUGUCGGAGGCUCCGACCAUUCCAGCCACCCGUUUGGUGUCCAGGAGCCUGGUGUAUUCAUCUCCAAGGUGCUCCCGCGGGGCCUGGCCGCUCGCAGCGGCCUAAGGGUUGGGGACCGCAUCCUGGCAGUGAACGGGCAAGACAUGCGGGACGCCACACACCAAGAAGCAGUCAGCGCCCUGCUCCGGCCCUGCCUGGAGCUGUCGCUGCUGGUGCGGAGGGACCCGGCGCCCCCGGGCCUACGGGAGCUGUGCAUCCAGAAGGCGCCCGGGGAGCGGCUGGGCAUCAGCAUCCGCGGGGGUGCCAGGGGCCACGCCGGCAACCCCCGCGACCCCACAGACGAGGGCAUCUUCAUCUCCAAGGUGAGCCCCACAGGGGCGGCCGGGCGCGACGGUCGGCUGCGUGUGGGUUUGCGGCUGCUGGAGGUGAACCAGCAGAGCCUGCUGGGCCUGACGCACGGCGAGGCGGUGCAGCUGCUGCGUGGUGUAGGCGACACGCUCACCGUGCUGGUCUGCGACGGCUUCGAUGCCGGCUCCUCGGCAGCCCUGGAGCCGGUCCCUGGGCCAUGCCUGACUCCAGCGAGCCCCUCUGGUGACCCAACAGAGAGCUCCCUCCCCAAGAUUUCCUGCCCCACUGCUGGUCCGUCACUUCCUGGACUCCAGAGCAGAAGCCCAGACUGGGAGUUGGGAUGUGAGGUGGGGCCCCAGGAGUCCUCCCUGCCAGCUCGGCCUGAAUCCUGGGAAAGCCUAGCCUCUCUCAGGGCGCUCCCAUCUCCCUUCCGUCGUCUUCCCCAUGCCAUCCCAGGGAGUCUGCAGCAGGCCUCAGCAGCGUCCAAGGGCUGUUCACCGGUGCCCGGGUGUGCAGGCUGGCUUCCCACCCGAGUGGGCGGCAGGGCCACAAGAGGGUGGGUCCUGGAGGGCCGGCACCCACAGCUGAAGCUGGGUGGAUGCCUGGGCAGGGGCACAUGUCUUCACCUGGAGGGGCCACCUGCUCCUCCCAAAGGGUGUCCCUGCUGGUCACACAGGUCCACAGGGGGCCGGUGACUGUCACCUCUCCCCACCAGCACACAUGGCUUCCUCUCCGUAACAGCCUCUGGGAUGGGGCGGCCCCUCACAUUGGUUCUGUCUUGCAAGGGAUCUCUGGGAUGGUGGCUUUCUGCCAGGCUGACAGCCACGGAGUGUGUCCUGACCCACAGCCAGCGUGGGGGCCCCCUGGUGGGAAGUGCUUUCGUAGUUUUCGCUCCACAGCUGCACGUUGGGCUUGGGGCGGGCUUGGGGCUGGCCCUCACCCACCUCCCCUCCUGUCCUUGAGGGAGUCCUGGUGGUUUCCAGGGAAGGAUUUAUCUGAGGACUGAAGCCCUGGACUAUCUGGUUCAGAGAAAAGGCCUUGCCUUGUAUUUACUUAUUUUAAGCGGAUGUCUAAACAUGUUUUAUUUGAUAUAUUUACUCAUGAAGUUUUUGUGAGAGAAAGAGAGAGCACGCGCUCCCUUGGGGAAGAGUGAGGUAUGCAGAAGGCAGGGCUAGCGCUGUGUCUGCAGCCGGCAUGCGUCCACGUGCAGCACUGCUGUCGGCCACAGGUUUCCUUGCAUCUGGCCAGGUCCCCCACGAGCCUGCCAUGACACACUGGAGGGGCAGGGGUCUCAGAUCUCACACUCUGGCCAGCGACGGACAGAGCCACCACACCCUCCCUGGUGUUGGGGGCAGAUACAGUUUCUGUUGUGUUGGGCAGGCCAGGGCCCUCGAGCAGUGGUGCUGAGAGCUGCGAUCCAGCUCCCCUUCCCCAUCACGGCUGCCUCUUUCCCGCGUCUGUCCGUCUUCCCGGGGGCUCGCUGUCCACCCCAGCACUGCCUCUUUCCCGCGUCCGUCUGUCUUCCUGGGUGCUCGCUGUCUGCCCUAGCACUGCCCUUGCCCUCUGUCGUUGCCCUGGCUCUCGUCCAGCGCCCUGGUUACUCAUCUUGGUUCUGUGGGUACAGGUGUGUUUUUCUCCAGUUCUUGCUUAUGUUUUUCUUUAAAAAAUGGGAUCUUUUGAGUUACAAAAAUCUAAAUUUUUAAAUUAAGUCUUCUGACUCCUUUAUGACUUCCGGAUUCUGGUUUUUCCCUUGGGAAGAUCUUCCCUACUGCAAGAUUACAAAAACAUUGUCCCGUUUUCUUCUAGUAUUUCUGGAAGUUUAAACAACAUACAGCUCCGUGGUCCACCUGGAAUUGCUUUGACGAGGUCUCGCUUGUCACCUAGGCCGGAGUGUGGUGGCACAAUCACAGCUCACUGCAGCUUCCGCUCCCGUACUCAAGCCAUGUCCCCACGCCCAGCCCUGGAAUUGCUUUGCAAGUAACUGGAUGCGUAGCUGUCCCCGCAGUAUUGAUCGAAUAGUCUGUCGCUUCCCCAGUGGUUUGGGGGAAAUGUGGCCUCAUUGUGUUCAGUUCCUGUGGGCUCCAAGCUCUGUUUCUGGACUUGGUCCCAGAGAGUUGUGAGCUGCUUCUGGGCCACACGUUUAAAUGUCUCACUUUGUAGCAGGUCUCACACCUAAUCCUCAUCGGCAAAGUCACCCAUUCCUUUUUCUUGUCUUGAAAAGUUUCUAUGGUCAUGUGUUUUCUCUUACAAAUGAACUUGCCAAGUUCCGUGCAAAAACCGACUGGAAUUCUGGGAUUUCACGUACAUGUAUGUAGAUACACAUUUUGAGAAAGGGCCUCACUCUGUCGCCCAGGCUGGAGUAGUGGCGCGGUCGCUGCUUACUGCAGGCUUAACCUGCCGGGCUCAAGCGAUCCUCCCCCCUCAGCUUCCCAAGUAGCUGGGACUACAGCCGCACCACCGCACCUGGCUCAUCGUUUUCUGUAGAGACGGGCUUUUGCCAUGUUACCUAGGCUGGUCUUGAACUCCUGGGCUCCAGUGACCUGCCCACCUGACCUCCCAAAGUGCUGGGGUUCCAGGCAUGAGCCCUGCGCCAGCCUUGGGGUGAUCUUUCUGUUGAGUUUUCUCUAGGGUGUCCCCAGGUGGCUCUUGCUUUCUGGUGAUUCUCAUAAAUCCUCACCUGGAUUUGUAAGUCAGCUUCACCUCGUGGCAGAAGCCCGGUCACCCUUCCCACCUCGGGCCUCUCCUGCUUCCCCUCUGCAGAGCCCCGGUCCUAUGGAGGAGCGGCUUGCUCUAGGGGACUUUGAUCUUGUAGUGUGACGUUUGCUGUAGACUUUUUUUUUUU